UAAUUUUUUUUUACACGCCAUACUAAGCCCAAACCCUAAGUGCGCCUUCGCCUCCCCCCGUCGGCCCCGUCCAAAGCCCAAACCAUGGUGCUCGGGCUCCACUUCUGCGCCGACAUCGCCGACGACGGCGUUCCCCGCCUCGACGCCGCAGCUGGGGAAGAGCUCGUCCGCACGGACCGCGACGCCGCCGUUUCCCUCGGCUCUCGCGCGCCGGAGCCCCCGGGAACCUUCUUCAUCACCACCAAGAGGGUGAUCUGGGUCAGCGACGCACAGAGGAGCAAGGGCUACGCAGUGGACUUCGUCGCCAUCUCGCUCCAUGCGGUGUCGCGCGACCCCGAGGCGUACCCCUCCCCAUGUAUCUACAUGCAGAUUGAGACAGAAGAUGGCUCAGACGAGGAAUCUGACGAGUCAGAUUCUGAAGCAGAUGGGGAAAUAGAUGUGUCAAAAGUCACUGAGAUGCGCAUCAUACCAUCAGAUCCUGGUCAACUGGAUGGACUCUUCGAAGCAUUCUCUCAUUGUGCAGAGUUGAAUCCGGAUCCUAAUGCUGAGAGCGACGAAGAGGAUGGCUGGGUUCAUGGUGACGGAAGUGAUGACGACAUGACUGAUGGAAGCGAGGAGUUUUCAGAUCUCAACCCAAUAGGACAAAUUGAUGAACAUCAUAUUACUCGUUCGGUAGUUGAGCUCGAUGUUUAUGUUUGCAGCUCGAGAUCAAUGACCAACGUUUUGAGGAUGCAGAGGAAGCAGAACGGGAGAGGAGCCAUAGAAAUGGACGCUAGGUGCAAAGCACCCUCUCUAUCUUCCUUGGAACGGCAAGAUUGGUUAUUCUGGGUCGCCAUUGAUGCAUGAUGCUUCAUGGCACCUUGUUGUUUUCUUUCCUUCCUAGAUGUCAUAGCUUAUCCUCACCACCUUGUAAACAUCCAUCAAACAUCUGACUCGAGGUCUUGUAGUAUGCUAGUAACUUGUACUCCGAUGGAUAGAAUGGUGAAAGGAACUGUUAUCUUUGUAUGCUUAUUCAUCUUCUGCGGCACACUGAUCAUCUAGGGUCAUAUUUUGAUAUUUAUAGCUA